GUAGCACCAUUAAGCUCAGAGGAUACACCCUCAUCCACACGUGUCUGAACAGAGGACAGACCACAUACAUUCAACCUCAUACAUACAGAUUUGGUGACUAAAGCAGUGGUCUUGAGAGGUGAAGGGCUACUUGCACAGACAUGCCUUUCACUCGCAGCUUCCUGUCCGAGGAGCAGUUCCAGUGUUCCAUCUGUCUGGACGUGUUCGACAACCCCGUGUCCACCCCGUGCGGACACAGCUUCUGCAUGACCUGCAUCGGCCGCUACUGGGAGGGCGCCAAGCUGUGCCAGUGUCCCCUCUGCAAAGAAAGCUUCCGGAAGAAGCCGCCAGCCCGUCAACCCGAGCUGCUCGCGUGAGAUCGCGAGCAGUUUAAAAGAGGGAUGUCGGGUGGCCGGGGGCCUCUUGGGUCAGGGAAAGAAGCCUGCAGCAGAGGAGAGGAACGGCUGACCAAACGCGAGGAGAUCCCGGGGGAUCUGAUCACACAGGUGAAAAUCAAGAUCCCCAAGAACUCUCAUCGAGAGAACGCCCCAGGCACCGUUGCGGUGAUGCCGCCGCCUCCGGAAAAUUCCCAAGACGCCACUGACCCCUCGUCGUUCACCCGCCGGGUGUCCUACCGGAGGUACACAUUCAGCGGGGCAGCCGAUGCCAAAAGGGUCGCGCUCUGCACCAAACACCAGCAGCAGCUGGACAUGUUCUGCAGGACCGACCAGCAGUGCAUCUGUGUCGAGUGCGCUGAACAUGGCCAUGAGUCUCACAGCGUCGUCUCAGCAGAGAGUCACUGGCAUGAAAGUAAGUCACAGAUAAGCAUCAGGGAGCAUGAGAUACAGGAAAUGAUCAGCGAGAGACUACGAAAGGUGGAGGAGAUCAAAUCAUCCCUGGUGGAUAUCAAGAUGUCCGCCGAGCGGGAGACUCAAGGGAGCGUCCAGGUGUUCUCCACGCUGAUGGCGUCCAUCGAGCGGAGCCAGGCUGAGCUGCUGGAGGUGAUCGAGAUGAACAGGUGCUCGGCGGAGCACCAGGCCGAGGGGAUGAUCCGCGAGCUGGAGCAGGAGGUGCUGGAGCUGAAGAAGAGGAGCAGCACGCUGGGGAACCUGCUCCAUGCUGACGACUACGUCAAGUGUCUGAAGAGCUACUACUCGGCCGUUUCCAGUCCUCCACCAAUCAAAGACUGGUCUGAGGUCUCUGUGACCUCUGACCUCGGGACCAGGAGAGUGUACCAGAGUGUGUGUCAGCUACUGGAGCGCUUCCAGGAGGAGUUACAGAGACUUCCAGAAGUAGGUAUCCAGAAUCACAUGGAAUCUUCUUUGAUGAAGAUCCAACCAAGUAUCCAGAAUCACAUGGAAUCUUCUUUGAUGAAGUUCCAACCAAAACAAAAGAGGAUACAAGACUAUGCAGCGGACAUCACUCUGGAUCCAUACACUGCCCAUCCUCGACUCAUCCUCUCAGAAGACAGAAAGAGGGUGAAGUGCGGAGACCGGCACCAGCCACUACCAGACAACCCAGAGCGGUUUGACCGUGUGGUGUGUGUGCUCGGCCGAGAGGGCUUUGACUCUGGCCGGCACUACUGGGAGGUGGAGGUAGGGGGCAAAACCGACUGGGACGUGGGCGUGGCCAGGCGCUCCGUUAACAGGAAGGGCAAAAUCACUGUGAACCCCAGUAAUGGAUACUGGUUUCUGAGCCUGCGGGACAAGUCCAACUAUGCCUUCCGCACAGAGCCUUCCACCAGCUUGUCCGUCAGCCUGCGGCCACAAAAAGUUGGGGUGUUUGUGGAUUAUGAAAAGGGCCAGGUGUCCUUCUAUAAUGUGGAAGCAAAGGUCCACAUUUACACCUUUCAAGACACGUUCUCUGAGACCAUCCAUCCUUUCUUCAGCCCCUGUACCAACAAGUCAGGCAAGAACGAGGCACCACUUAUCGUCACCCCUGUGCCGUUGGACUAAUCUGUUGUGUGUGUGUGUGUGUGUGUGUGUGUGUGUGUGUGUGUGUGUGUGUGUGUGUGUGUGUGUGUGUGUACCCACCCACAGGUGUAUGAUGAAAUUAUUUGGUAAUGUGUGGUUUCUGUUGUACAGUGUAUGUGCUGGAAUAUAUUGUGAUGACUAGAGUUAUGCAAGGAUUUGUGAGGAUGGAACAGUUAACUGGAUUUUUUUUACACUUGAACUCAACUGGCAAAUGACAACUCCAGUCUAGAAAAAUGUCAGUCCAUUCCCACAACAAAAUGGCCUGUGCACUCAUAACAGUGUAAACUGUUGAACUUUGUUGUUUGUUAUUUCUAAUAUCUGAGAUGAUGUGAAAUAUGUGUAGGGUCUUUGUAAAAACUGAAUAUUUUAAAUGUUUCUAUAAAUAUUAUGUUAUAAUUCAUAAGAAUCGUACACAUUUUCUUUAUAUGUCGAUAUAUUCCAAAGCCAUCAGAUUUGUAUGUGUUGGCAAUCAAAGUAAUGUAAGGGAGGUCGACUUACAAAUAAAUGCAUUCAAGCCUGAUGUUAACCUCU